CAUCUAGAAAUGUAUGAUCUGUGACCGCGUACACAUCUAUUUGGAGGGGGUCUGUCGUUCUUUUCGUUCAACGCGUUGUUGAAUGUGGACCGGUUGACGGAAUCCGUUGCAAUCUGUAAUAUAGAAUAUUUUAAAACGCUUUAAAAAUGACUGAAACUCUUCAGCUAAGGGGUACGUUACGAGGACAUAAUGGAUGGGUCACGCAAAUCGCAACAAAUCCAAAAUAUCCGGACAUGAUAUUGUCUUCUUCACGUGAUAAAACCCUGAUAGUGUGGAAGUUAACACGCGACGAAGCAAAUUAUGGUAUUCCUCAAAAACGUUUGUACGGCCACUCUCAUUUUAUUAGUGACGUAGUACUAUCCUCUGAUGGUAACUAUGCUCUAUCUGGUUCAUGGGACAAAACACUACGUCUUUGGGAUUUGGCUGCAGGUCGUACUACACGAAGAUUCGAAGACCAUACCAAGGAUGUUUUAAGUGUUGCCUUCUCUGUGGACAAUCGCCAAAUUGUUUCUGGCUCUCGAGACAAGACUAUUAAGUUGUGGAACACUUUGGCAGAGUGCAAGUACACUAUUCAAGACGAUGGACACACAGAUUGGGUCAGCUGUGUGCGUUUCUCUCCUAAUCAUUCGAAUCCUAUUAUUGUGUCUGCAGGUUGGGAUAAGCUGGUCAAGGUCUGGAACUUGACAAACUGUAGGCUAAAGAUUAAUCACAUUGGACACACUGGAUAUCUUAACACAGUUACCGUAUCCCCUGAUGGUUCACUUUGUGCUUCUGGUGGCAAGGACUGCAAGGCUAUGUUAUGGGACUUGAAUGAUGGAAAGCAUCUUCACACUUUAGACCAUAAUGACAUUAUAACAGCUUUAUGCUUCAGUCCUAAUCGUUACUGGCUUUGUGCUGCAUUUGGACCAUGGAUUAAGAUAUGGGAUCUUGAAACCAAGGAAAUGGUUGAAGAAUUGAAACCGGAAGUUGUAUCCGCGACAAGUAAAGCUGAACCACCUCAUUGUCUGUCGUUAGCGUGGUCUACUGAUGGACAAACAUUAUUCGCCGGAUAUUCCGACAACACUAUUCGUGUAUGGCAAGUUUCCGUAACUAGCCGUUAAGCACUUUAUACAAAAAGUAAAACAAUAAAAAAAGGAAAAGAUACGA